AAUAGUCAGUCUGAUACCAUUUUUUAAUUUAUUCUUUUCUUUGCCAUCAAUUCAAGUUUAAGCUUCAAAAUGCUGCAUUCUCUUUCUCUCUCUUUUUCAUAGAUUCAAUUCAUGUAUAUUUUGAUAAGGUGGUUGGUUUGUUAGGAGAAUAGUGUGAUUGAGAUCUUAAGAAAUAAUGCGGGUGAAAGAAAUGCAUCCCUUAUGUUGUAUUUCACUGGAAAGUCCGGGCAUCGGAGACCAGUCACCGGAUAUGUGGUUAUCGAGGACAAGGAGUUUACCGGCUAGUUCUGUGUCCGGUUUUUGCGGAUCUGAGGGUAAUGCACAAGGAUCGGAGGGAAGGGUGGCUGGAGUUUUGUACAAGUGGACAAAUUACGGCAAGGGAUGGAGAUCCAGGUGGUUUUUGUUGAAAAACGGUGUGCUGUCGUAUUCCAAGAUUCGCCGACCUGAGUAUUUGAAUUUACUUCCGCCCACUGAUGACGUCAGAUUGAUCGGAGAAAUUUCCACCAAUCGCCUUUCCAGAAUGGACAGUGGCGGCUUUAAACGGAAGCAGCAGAAAGAUGUUGGCAUUGUUCAUUUGAAGCAGAUCUCAUCAUUUCGAGAAAGCAAAUCCGAUGACAGGCGGUUUUACAUAUUUACUGCUACAAAGACGCUACACUUGAGAACUGUUUCAAAGAAAGAUCGUGUAUCCUGGAUACAAGCUUUGGUCUCAACUAGAAGCUUACACUUACUGAGACCACUGAAUGAUAGUCUCUCCCUCAUACCAAAAGAUAUAUCAGUAUCAACUGAGAGGCUUAAAAAGCGCUUAGUGGAAGAGGGAAUCAAUGAAAAUCUCGUGAAGGACUGUGAACAAAUUAUGCUUUCCGAGUUCUCUGAAAUUCAAGGACAACUUAAUGUUCUCUGCGAAGAAAGAUCCAAUUUGCUUGACACAUUGAGGCAGUUGGAGGCUGCUAAUAUCGAAGCUGAUGCCUCUGGAAUUCACGAUGGUGAAUACCGCUUGACAAAGCAUGAAUUGUCUAGUCUAGGGCGUGGAAAAUAUAGUGAAUGCAGCACGACUGAGUCAUCUGAUGAUAUUGAGAAACAAGAACUUGAGGAGGUAUCAGAUGAGGAUGAAAUGUCCUUUUAUGACACAAUAGAGUAUUUCAGCGAACUUUCUGUUAGUUCUGGGUCUGUAAGAGGUGGUGCAAAUCAAGCAGAGAAGCAUAACGAACCUGGAAACCAAGGUGAUAAUGUGGACAAGGUGCAUGAUAAGGAGAAAACUGAUGUGAGAUAUCCUCACGUUGAAAGGCGAAAAAAGCUACCUGAUCCAGUUGAGAAAGAGAAAGGUGUUAGUCUUUGGUCUAUGAUCAAAGAUAAUGUGGGAAAAGACCUGACACGAGUUUGUCUGCCUGUUUAUUUUAAUGAACCAAUAUCAACCCUUCAGAAAUGUUUUGAGGAUUUAGAGUACUCUUAUCUUCUCGAUCGAGCUUAUGAGUAUGGAAAAAUGGGGAACAGUGUCCAAAGGGUUCUCAAUGUUGCUGCUUUUGCGGUCUCUGGAUAUGCUUCCUCUGAAGGCAGGCACUGCAAACCCUUCAAUCCUUUACUUGGAGAAACUUAUGAAGCUGACUAUCCUGACACAGGAGUUAGGUUCUUCUCUGAAAAGGUCAGUCACCACCCAACCAUCGUUGCCUGCCACUGUGAAGGUAAAGGGUGGAAAUUCUCAGGUGAGAGCAACGUCCGCACAAAAUUUUGGGGACGAUCAAUUCAGGUUGACCCUGUUGGAGUUCUGACCCUAGAGUUUGAUGAUGGUGAAAUAUUCCAGUGGAGUAAGGUGACAACAAGUAUUUACAAUCUUAUCCUUGGUAAAAUAUAUUGUGAUCACCAUGGGACAAUGCAUAUUCAAGGUAAUUGUGAAUAUUCAUGCAAACUCAAGUUCAAAGAGCAGUCUAUUCUUGAUCGAAAUCCCCACCAGGUCAAUGGAUUUGUUGAAGAUAUGGGAGGGAAAAAGGUAGCUACAUUAUUUGGGAAAUGGGAUGACAGCAUAUAUUAUACUAGUGGUGAUGGGACUGGCAAGCCAAAGGAUUGCAGUUUCUCAUCAAAUGCCUCUUUGCUGUGGAAAAGUAAUAAGCCCCCUCCUAAUCUCACUCGGUACAACUUAACAUCGUUUGCGAUCACACUAAAUGAGUUAACACCAGGAUUGCAGAUUAAGGAGAAACUUCCACCUACGGAUUCACGGCUUAGACCAGAUCAGCGUCAUCUGGAGAAUGGGGAAUAUGAGAAGGCCAAUGCGGAGAAGCAGCGGCUGGAAAGGAGACAAAGAAUGUCCAGGAAAUUACAAGAGAAUGGAUGGAAGCCUAGAUGGUUCAAGAGGGAAGGUGAAGAUGGACCCUAUCGCUAUGCCGGUGGGUAUUGGGAAGCACGAGAACAGUGCAAGUGGGAUGGAUGUCCAAAUAUUUUUGUAGAUUUUAAUGAAGAUGGUGUUCAUACCUCUGAAGAUUCUUGAACUAAAAUAAGAGUGAGGUGAAGGUAGUUUUCAUGACCAUUUCAAAGCAAAAGUGGUCUGGAUGUUGCCACAAACAUCAGAGUCUGACGAAGUUGAGUUCCCUUGGCCAAUAUGAUGAAAAAUUGGUCAGCCUAAUAUUUCCUUUGUAACACUGUGGAGUUAAAUUCUGAUGCCGAAGGGGGGUUGUUUGGUCAUGUAGUCUCCUUUCUCUCCGCACAGAUGAUUUGUUGUGGUUCUACAGUUGUAGGCUUUGGCUGACAAUUUCCUUUACAUAUUUAUUCGUAUUUCUUUGUUAGGAAUAAACGAGGUAAAGAAUUAGAAAAAGAUGUAUUCUUGUCAUCUCCGAAAAUGAACAAAUAGUUUGUUAUUUUUCCCUUCUAUCAAUUGCCACCCAUGUACCAAUGGUGAAAUGCUAAUAAAAGUGAAUGGAAGUUGAGGCACA